AUGAACGAUUCUAGACCAUAUGCAUGUGCAACAUAUCAAGACACAAACUCAGCAGGCAUGCAUAAACUCUUCAUUACAAAUAUUCCAAGUAAGGUUGGAAAGCAUUUGAUAUACGAGCUACUUAUGCAAGCAUCCAAAGUGGAAUCUUUAUAUUAUAAUCAAAGGAAAGGAUACUGCUUUGCAACAUACAAAGCACAUGCAGAGUUGGAAUACACAUGCAACGUUCUUAAAGGCGUAAAGCUUUAUGGAAAAAGAAUAUAUUUGGCAAUGGCAGAGCAACAAUCAUGCAUUACUGUAAAUAACAUUGGAAGCGAAGCUGAUGAAAUUCUUAUUUGGAACGUAUUCAGCAAGUUUGGAUCAUGCCAUGUAGAAAUAACGGAUCAAAGGAUUGCAUUAAUUACAUAUAGAAAAAAAGAGCAUGCAUCAAGAGCAGUAGCCGUUGUAAAUGGGCAGACUAUAGGAAACUCAAGAGUUAUUGUGGAGCAUAUGAAAAAGCCGAGUAAGAGCGAUGUGUUGCAUAAGUAA